AUGAAGUUUUUUGGACUCCUAUUUUUAAUUGUUGCUCUAUCACAUUCUAUCUUUGGAAUAAGAUUUUAUGUAAAACCAAACGACAAAAAGUGUCUUAAAGAAGAAAUUCAUAAAAAUGUACUUCUUACAGGAGAAUAUAAUCUUCAUGAAGCUAUAGGUUAUACAACUACAGUACAUGUCACAGAUACUAGAGGCCAUACACUUUAUAAACGUGAAAAUUUUGUAGAGUCCAAUGGAAAAUUUGCAUUUACGGCAGAUGAAUAUGACAUCUUUGAAAUAUGUUUCACUUCACAUGUUCCUGAUUCAGUGCACAAUAAACAAGAUCGUGAAGUUUCAUUAUCAUUAAAACAUGGUGUUGAAGCUAAGAAUUAUGAAGAUUUAGGUAAAGCUGAAAAAUUGAAGCCUCUCGAGUUAGAGCUUAGAAGAUUGGAAGAUUUAGCUGAGUCAAUUGUUCAAGAUUUUGCCUAUAUGAGAAGUAGAGAGGAAGAAAUGCGAAACACUAACGAAUCAACAAAUUCUAGAGUUUUGUAUCUUUCAUUAUUCUCUAUGGCAUGUCUACUUGGUCUUUCAUUUUGGCAGGUCUUAUAUUUACGCAGAUUCUUCAAAACAAAGAAACUCAUCGACUAA